GUCAUACCGUGUUUGAGCAAAACAUAAUGAACAGCAGCAGCACCGUCAAUUUUUUUCUCAAUCUGUAGUUUUCUAAUACAGUAUGCUGCAAAAACUUGCAUAAACUUCACUAGCUAUCUCUGCCAUCUGUUUGCAUAUUGGCCACAGUAUAAUUGCCUCUAUCUUCAAGCACCUCAGUGCGGUGGAAAGUUCACUGCAAAAAUUCCUGCUCCUGUGUUGUCUUCAAAGGCUUCAGUAACUUCAGUGAUCAAUGCAGAUAGUUUCGAUUUUGUCUUGGUUUUUUUAAGAGGAAGUGUUUAAAUGAUUUUGCCAAAUCUGAAUUGCCCCUUGUUCUUGAAAGCAACCAGUAGUUGCUAAUUAUUCUGAAUUGCCUUGCAGAUUUACCAAGUGAACCAGUAUUUACCUUCGGUUUGUUUUCUGCACCACGGUGGAAGUUGAAGGACAUCUUUAAACUUGGCGCUCUCCCUCCCCCACCGAUCAGGCGACCACAAUGCGCAGAGCCCUCCGCCCCCGCCCCAUCCAGCGCCGGCCGCCGGCCGCUGAACCCCCGCCGCCCGUUUCUCCCCCAUGGUACGCCGCGCCGCGGUCGACGCUCCCGCCCCCGGGCGAGGCCGAUCCCCUCCUCGUCGCCGCGUCCGAGGUCGCGUUCGCCCUCCCCGUCCACCCCGCGCCGCUCCCGGCCGCCGCGCCCGCGCCCCUCCUCCGGCUCCUCCCGGCCUUCACCUCCGCGCACUUCCUCUCGCUCCUCCGUUGCAACCCGCUCUCCGUCCCGCCGCUCCCGCUCCUCUCCCUCUUCCGCAUCCUCCUCGCCUCCCCUCCGGGCCUCUUCCGCCACACCCCGGCCUCCUUCCUCUCCGUGUCCCACCACCUCCACGGCCACCGUCUCCCCCAUCUCGCGCUCCCCCUCCUCCGUCUGCUCGUAUCCCGCCUGGGCCGCGACUCCCCGCAGCGGCUCCUCACGCAGCUCCUCUCCACGGUCUCCCCCGAUGACCCGGCCCCUCUCGUGUGGGAGCUCGCCAAUGCGUAUGCUGACGAGGGCCUCCUGCCUGACGCCUGCUCCCUCGUCCUCCUCGCGCUCCGCAGCGGCGUCCGUGUCCCAGUCACCGCCUGGUCUGGCAUCAUGAGCCGGCUUCCCACUGCUCCCGAAGCCUACGCCUUCUACCUGCAGCUGCUCGACGCGGGCGUGCCCCCAGAGGCCAAGCUCUUCAACGUGCUAAUGCGCGACAUGAUUAGAUCGGGCGAGCUUGCCAGCGCGCGGGACGUGUUCGAUGAAAUGCUGAGGAGGGGUGUGCGGCCGACGGUUGUGAGCUUCAACACCUUGAUAUCAGGACUAUGCAAGGCGGCCAAUCUGGACAGCGCAAACGCUCUGCGAGGGCUAAUGGCGAAGGUAGGUGUCGCGCCAGAUGUGUACACCUACGGUGCUUUGAUGCAGGGGUUGUGCAUGGCAGGGAGGAUACAAGAUGCAUUGGAGAUGUUUGAGGAAAUGUGUGAGAGGGGCGUGAACCCCAACACUGUAGUGUUCACGACAUUGAUAGACGCAAAUUGCAAGGAGGGAAAUGUGGCAGCUGGGUUGGAGCUGUACCGGGAGAUGGCAGCAAGGGGUGUCCAAACGGAUUUGGUGGCAUACAAUGCAUUGGUGAAUGGCCUUUGUCGAGCGCGGGAUUUGAAGGCUGCCAAUGACAUUGUGGAGGAGAUGAGGAAUACGGGUCUCAAGCCGGAUAAGGUGACUUACACCACUCUCAUUGAUGGAUGCUGCAAGGAGGGGGAGUUGGACAUGGCAAUGGAGAUGAAACGGGAGAUGUCGGAUGAAGGGGUUGCAUUGGACGAGGUCACUUACACGGCGCUCAUCUCGGGACUGAGCAAGGCAGGGCGUGCUGUUGAAGCAGAAAGGGUUCUAUGCGAGAUGAUGGAGGUUGGUUUGGAACCUGACAACACGACUUACACAAUGGUGAUUGAUGCUUUCUGUAAGAAUAGUGAUGUGAAGACAGGCUUUAAGCUACUGAAAGAGAUGCAGAAUAAGGGUCGAAAACUGGGAGUUGUGACAUAUAAUGUGGUUAUGAAUGGGCUCUGUAGGUUGGGCCAGAUGAAGAAUGCGGACAUGCUUCUGAAUGCGAUGCUUAAUAUUGGGGUGGCCCCAGAUGAUAUAACAUACAACAUUCUUUUGGAUGGACAUUGCAAGUAUGGAAAAGUUAGAGAUGCUGAAGAACUGAAGAAUGCGAAAGGAAUGGUUUCAGAUUUUGGGGCUUAUACUUCACUAAUCAAUGAAGUUGUCAAGAAGAAGCCAACUAAGAGUUACCAUGAUAAUAGAUAGUUUUGCUGGGUAGAUACAGUUAUUUUGUACCUCCCUACCUGUAACAACCUCAGAUAUUGAAGAUUGAAAAUGCAGGAUGAAUAUACUUUGCAUCGUUUGGUACAGAUACCCCAAGCCUUGAAGGUUGCUGUCAGGGAUGAGCAAACAGGUUCUGGCAAGUGGCAAAUCAAGGACUAAAUACGUUCAUGAUUCUCUGUUCAGUCAAUGUAUCUUGAUGGCACUUUGCCAAGAUCUGAGAUGUCUAAGCAACUGGUCUACCUGGUGCAUGGAUGUGCUUGUUCCUGUUGGGUUCAAACUACUUUGCAGUCAUGCUAACAUGACAAGUAGCAGAUUUGCGUCUGUUUAAAAUGUAGAAAUCACAAUUCACAGCCAAUUUUCACAACGUGGGCAGAUAUGAGAUUAUUGCAAGUAAGGAGCUAAACGUGUGAUAUCAUCAUCCAUCUUGGUUUCAUGGCUCACGUAGGCGUCUGUGGUAAUUUAAGUUUGCUUGUCAUCACGAUUGAAUAUGUAGUGAGGUGUCAUGUUCAAUCUUUACUUGACCGAAGUGCCACGCAGAGUUAUUUUGUUUACUGUUAUCUUCCCCAAUAUUUAUUCAUAAUUAAAUAAAAUGUAGAGUAGACUAUCAUCAGCUUCAUCUGCAACUAGACAAUGUAAAGAGAUGUUCCAAAAGAGAAAUAUUACAACUUUGCUUAAUUUAUUGCAUCCUA